GCGAUGUCUGCCCCCUGGCCGGCGUUGCUGGAGUAACUGCGAGCGCUUGGGGCCAACGAAGAAGAAUCCCCCCUGAAAAAUGGCAGAAGCUGUUUUCCACGCCCCAAAAAGGAAAAGAAGAGUGUAUGAGAAUUAUGAGUCUCCAUGGCCAAUCCCUUUUGAUCAGGACCAAAGUCCUAAGAAAGAAUUCAGGAUAUUCCAUGCCGAAAUGAUUAACAACAAUGUGAUUGUGAGGAACGCAGAGGACAUCCAACAGCUCUAUGGGAAAGGUUAUUUUGGAAAAGGUAUUCUUUCAAGAAGCCGUCCAAACUUCACCAUUUCAGAUCCUAAGCUUGUUGCUAAAUGGAAAGAUAUGAAGACAAACAUGCCUAUCAUCACGUCAGAGAAGUAUCAGCAUCGUGUAGAAUGGGCGGCAAAGCUCCUGCGUAGACAGGGGCAGGAUGAGAGUACCGUGCAUAGAAUCCUCAAGGAUUACAUAAAACCACUUGAGUGUCCUCGUAUAAAAAGAAAUGAAGACUUUCAAUCGCCCAAUGAGCGUAACGCUGAAAUGGUUUCCAGCGUGGAAGGCACAGCAGGGAGAGGGAAACCUUCUGUGAUGAAUGGAGACUCUGGAAAGUCAGAUGCUAUGGAGGACCUGAGUGAGCCAUCAGACUGCCUGCAGGAGGACUCUGGGAGGGACCCACCAACUACAGGUGGCCACCGUGACCGCGUGGUAGAUGACACUGCACCUCUGCCCCAAGUCUGUUGCUGCAAACCAGAUGCUGUAAUCCCCCAGUGUGGCCCUCACCCUGAGCAUGGCGGCAAACACGCAUGUCUCCUCUGUGCAAGAGAGAGAGGGCCUGACCAUGAGUAUGUGCUUGUGGAGGAAGUGGCGUGUAACAGGAACGAGAGUGAGGAUGCCCCAAAUGAGGACUUGGUACAAAGAAAGAGACUAAUAUGCAGAAGAAAUCCAUGUAGGAUCUUUGAGUAUUUGCAACUCAGCCUAGAAGAGGCCUUCUUUCUGGUCUAUGCCCUGGGAUGUCUCAGUAUUUACUAUGAGAAGGAGCCUUUAACGAUAGUGAAGCUCUGGAAAGCUUUCUCUGUAGUUCAGCCCACAUUCAGGACGACCUACAUGGCCUACCACUACUUCCGAAGCAAGGGCUGGGUGCCCAAAGUGGGACUCAAGUACGGAACAGAUUUAUUGCUGUAUCGGAAAGGCCCUCCGUUUUACCACGCAAGUUACUCUGUCAUUAUCGAGCUAGUCGAUGACCAUUUUGAAGGCUCUCCUCGCAGACCUUUCAGUUGGAAGUCACUGGCUGCCUUGAGCAGAGUUUCAGUUAAUGUCUCUAAGGAACUUAUGCUGUGCUAUUUGAUUAAACCCUCUACCAUGACUGACAAAGAAAUGGAGUCACCAGAAUGUAUGAAAAGAAUUAAAGUUCAGGAGGUGAUUCUAAGUCGAUGGGUUUCUUCACGAGAGAGGAGUGAUCAAGACGAACUUUAAAAGUUCAGCCUCAGAUUUCUAGUUUCACCAGCAACUACCGCAUCUCCUACAAUAUGCCACAUUCAGGGCUAGGUAAAAAGUCCUUUUACUGAAAUCACCUGUUAAUUUAAAAGACAUCUUGCUCCCAGCACCAGAAAACUGUCAGUGUUUUAAAAGAGAAAAUUACAUAGAGGAGGAAAAAGAGCCCUGGGCUGUCCUCGACUUGGUCACUAGCUCUGACUGAUUCUGUGCUUCAUGCCUCUGGCCUCAGUCUGUGUCCUCAUCCAGUCACGGGGAGGUUGGACUAGACGAGUCCCCAGAGGACUCUUCCAGCAACCAGGAAAUUAUUCUCUGAUUUCACCUGAAAGUGGUAGUAGUUUACAUUUACAUAGUAGAGUUUAUAAAGCACUUUCAUACGUAGGUAUCCCUUGU